UCGGAACCACCUCAACAACCCAGAGAGCUAUAAAGUUAAAUUAAAGAAACUCCGUGCUGGUGAUCUAGAGCAUCACUAACUCAGUUUAUUUGACAUAUUUAUGCGCCCUGGUGAAAUCAGGCGCACAACAGAAGGUAAGCGCACAUGGGCGAACAUUUGUCCGUUUGAGUCUGUGACAGGGAAAAGUGUAACCAUCGACAGAAGAAUAACGGGAAGCUGCAAUGUCCAAUUCCGCCCCCUAUCAAGGGAAGACGCGGAGGUCUUCUGGUGUGGCCCGUGGGAAGAGACCACCGGAUUUGGAGCUGUCGCAAACCACGUUUAGCGUGCCUGAACCGGGGACACCUGUGCGCAAAGACACGUUUUCUGAAAAAGACAAAAUGCCAGAGGACGGUAACACUACCACAAAUGUACCAACUGUUCACCUCCACCCGUACUUAUCUCACCCCCGGAUGUCUGUGCGGAUGUCGGUGUACAGCACCGGGGUGCGUCCAAUCCUCACCCGCGCCCACAUCCAAGGACGCGUGUAUAACUUUCUGGAAAGGCCGUCUGGCUGGAAAUGCUUCGUGUAUCACUUCUCAGUGUUUCUCAUAGUUCUGGCCUGUCUGAUCCUCAGUGUUCUGUCUACCAUCGACCAGUACCAGGCCUUGGCUCACACAACACUCUUCUGGGUGGAGAUCGUCCUUGUGGUGUUUUUCGGUGUGGAAUAUUUUGUCCGCCUCUGGUCAGCCGGCUGCCGCAGUAAAUAUGUUGGCAUCUGUGGCCGACUACGCUUUGCCAGGAAGCCAAUAUCUAUUAUAGAUCUGAUUGUAGUUGUUGCCUCAAUAGUUGUGCUGUCAGUGGGCUCCAAAGGCCAGGUCUUCGCCACCUCUGCUGUAAGAGGGAUUCGCUUCCUGCAGAUCCUGCGAAUGCUCCAUGUGGACCGGCAGGGAGGAACCUGGCGUCUCCUCGGCUCUGUCGUCUUCAUCCAUCGGCAGGAGCUGAUCACCACAUUAUACAUUGGCUUUCUGAGCCUGAUCUUCUCAUCAUACUUUGUCUACCUGGCGGAGAAAGAUGCAGUCGACAGCAGCGGCUCCACAGAGUUUGGAAACUAUGCUGAUGCCCUGUGGUGGGGAGUGGUGACAGUGACUACCAUUGGAUAUGGAGACAAAGUGCCACAGACCUGGAUUGGAAAGACCAUUGCAUCCUGUUUCUCAGUCUUUGCCAUUUCCUUCUUUGCUCUGCCUGCAGGAAUCUUAGGAUCAGGCUUCGCCCUGAAGGUGCAGCAGAAGCAAAGACAAAAACACUUCAAUCGACAGAUCCCUGCAGCUGCCUGUCUAAUUCAGACAUCAUGGAGAUGUUUUGCAGUGGAGAACUUUGAUUCUGCCACAUUCAAGAAGUUUUUGAGGAAGAGAACCAACAUCCCCGCCUCCUCUCUGUCCACCCCCAAGCCCAAGAAAUCGGUGAAGAUAAGGAGGAAGUUAAGGAGCACUGACAAGGACAGUCCAACGUCUCCCACAAUCCCGAGCAUCACCUACGACUCGGUGUUUGACAGUGGGAGGGAGCUGAGUUCAGAUGUUUACAGCACUGUGGGCACAGCAGGAUCCCACACUUUGGGAGGAUGCGAUUGCCAGCAGUCCUGGACGUCUUUGUCUUCCCUUCAGUUCACCUCUCCGCCUCCAGUGAAAAGAAACCCUGGUCUUUUGGACGUCCACUCUCCGGGCCCCCUGCAGAGGAAUUGCAGCUUUGCUGACAACCUGGAACCGGAGUCAGAGCAAGCCAAUGAGCUGGCUCCUAUCACCUCAGUGUCACAAUUGACGGAGUCACAUCGGAAAGCCAUCCGGGUGAUCCAGAGAAUGCGUUAUUUUGUGGCCAAGAGAAAUUUCCAAAAAGCUCGUAAGCCAUAUGAUGUGCGUGACGUGAUCGAGCAAUACUCCCAGGGCCACCUCAACCUCAUGGUGCGAAUCAAGGAGCUACAAAGAAGACUGGACCAAUCUAUAGGGAAGAUAACUUUGUUCCAGUCAGGCUCCGACCGAGCGAAAGACAAAGGCACCAACACUAUCGGAUCCAGACUCAACCGGCUGGAGGACAAGAUGACGCACAUGGACCAGACGCUAAGCCGCAUCGCAGAGUCCCUCGCCCUUCUGCUAAACCAGAGGAACGUCGGUGAGGGUGAAGGUGUAGGCGGGCCGAAGCCGCGGCCUGGACGCACCUUCAAUGUCCUCCCCACCCAGGACAGCCUGCCAAGCUACGACCAGCUGUCUUCAUCACCUUCGCCCUUCUCUUCCAACACCGCCAGCACCACAGCCUGCCCCAACCCGCCCCUCGGAAGCACUGCCAGUCAGGAUGAGAGCAGCUGAAACCUGGAACCAAACAGCCUCAAAGUGAUUCUCUUUUUAGUAGAAUUUAUAACAUGUCAAAUGCAGUUUUUACUCUGUCUGUCAACCUGCCCGCUCACUGGUCAAAAUAGAUUUGGAUGAAGACCUAUUUCUGACUUUUCUAGAUCUUUUUUUUGUUAAAGUGAUUACUGUUUAAAGGAAUACUUCACCCUCAAAAUGACCAUUUGUUUGUUUAUUGCUCACCGAGUGCUGCCUUGGAUUCAUGAGACAAUCAAGACUCGUUCCAGAUAGAGUCGGUCUAGACUGCACUCUAUAAUUUACAAAGACCUAACAAUUCUAGUAAUUCCUCCAAGAGUAAGCAUUUAGUGGCGAGGAAAAACUCCUUUUUGAGAGAAACUUCGGACAGACCCAGGCUCUUGGUAGGCAGUGUCUAACGGGCCGGUUGGGGGUGUGAUGAACAGUGACAGUAACAGUCAAAAUAAAGAUAAUGGAACUAUGACUACAAUAGUAGUUUAAGCUAAAAUAUUACUACAACACUUCUGCAUAAACAGUCUCCCUCUUCUGCAGGCACACUACUUGUCCAGAGUUACAGUCGUGCACCUGCUCAAGCUUCUCGGGCGAGUAGCAGAGGUGUACUGUAUAGAAAUGUCAUCUUAGCUGUUGACUCUUGAGGAAUUCAUGUGGUCGGGUUGGGUAAAUACACAACACAGAUAUACAUGAAAGCUAGGAUCAUACACAUUUUACAUAAGUUUUUUUUGUCUUCUUUUUUAUAGAAACUAAUGCAAAAGGCCAAAAAAUCUGAAAAAGCUUAGUCUGUUGGUAAGAGAUGUGUUAUUCCCUUGCAUUGGUUGAAGAGCGGCUAAAGGCAGAUGGCAAGGAUUUUUAGUUAUCAGCUUUAAAAUGCAUAAAAUGAAGGCCUUAUAUAGUGGCUUGCAUAAGU